ACUACAUGUAGUGGGUUUCCUGCUCUGCUCUGAUUAUGAAUUUUCCAUUAAAUUUGAAAGCUGCAAAAGCUCUGACGUCGAUGGAGAGAGCUUUGGAGAAACUUAUCUUCAGCAGUGGACUUCACAGCUUUGAUGGCAAACAAUCAUGUGGAUGCUUUAUUCAGACUCCAUUUGUUUGGUCAAGACCUGUAGCUGUUUCUGGUUAUAUGGGCUGCUCGGUUUAUUCCACACUGCCGAAAAUGCCAAGGCAUAAGAAGAAUAUGAUUUGUACUGCGAGGAGGAGAAGAGCAUAUUCGCAGACAGACACUUAUGUCCUGAUGGAACCUGGGAAGAGUGAGGAGUUUGUUUCAGAAGAAGAGUUGAAGGCCAGGUUGAAAGGUUGGCUUGAAAAUUGGCCUGGCAAUGCCUUGCCCCCAGACCUUGCGAGAUUUAAAACUAUUGAUGAUGCUGUAACUCACCUUGUAAAGUCUGUCUGUGAACUUGAGAUCGAUGGAGAACUCGGUUCAGUGCAAUGGUAUGAAGUUAGGUUGGAGUGAGAAGAAUACUAUUUGAUAAAAGCCUGUCCCAUAGUCAUUAAUGAAUGAGUGACUGUAAAUGUUUUAUUGUAUCUGCCGUUGUUGUCUGUUCCUAGAACACUGUUAUUAAGGUAAUGUUUUUACUCAGCCUUUACUUAAAUAAUAUCUGAAUUCACAUGAA